GCGAAAAAGGGGCGAAAAGCGGCGAACGCGAGUGACAACUGGGGCUUCGGGAAAAAAAAGCAAACCUCCGCCGAAUCCGGAGUGUACGGACUGCAGAAAUCUCAAAUCAAAUCACCCAUCGAUAUGGACAUUGACGAGGAAGAGUUCGAGGCCCCGACCUCCAGCAGCAGUCGCGGUGAACGGAAGCGGUUCGAGGUCAAGAAGUGGAACGCGGUAGCGCUCUGGGCGUGGGAUAUCGUCGUGGACAACUGCGCCAUUUGCCGGAAUCACAUCAUGGACCUGUGCAUCGAGUGCCAAGCGAAUCAGGCGUCGGCCACCAGCGAGGAGUGCACCGUUGCCUGGGGCGUCUGCAAUCAUGCGUUCCACUUCCACUGCAUUUCGCGCUGGCUCAAAACCCGCCAGGUAUGCCCGCUCGACAACAGGGAAUGGGAAUUCCAGAAGUACGGUCACUAGGCAGACCCGGGGGCGGUCUAUGGAAUCACUGUGAGAUGCACUUUAUCCUUAUCUCUACAUACACUAACCCGGAAGCGCUGUUGUUGUUCAGGAAGUGAUGAAACGAUGUCUAAUUUAGGGGGGUAUCUAUUGCGUGAUUUAUGUUGUGCCCGCUUUUUUUCUGAAGCUUCUCCAACUACAAAUAAAUUGAAAUGUUUCGAUUUUUCGAUCGACACCGGUA